AUGGGGUGGGGUGAAAAUUCUGAAAAUAGUAAAAUGGCAAGUUUGGUUCUUAACGAUCUGGAACCAACUUCUCUUGUUGUUCCUGAAACAUUUUCUUGCGUUCAUGAUUUUCGAGUGCUAGUAAUCAAUUAUUCGUUGUUACAGCAAGCUUUUUUCAUUUGGUUUGCUCCUACCGCAUGUUUUGGCAUGUUUUAG